UAUAAUAGAGCUUCCAGUGUUUUUGAAGGUCUGAGUGUGGAGUAAAGUGUUUCACCUUCUUCUCAUUUUGAGCAUCACAUCAUAAUGCCCUUGAUUUUAUGAUUUUGCAUCACGUUUGCUUUUACUGGAGCCAUGGAGGUGAGCAUGAGGAGAUAUUUCAAAGAAAUCAGCAUCUUCCUGCAUCUGAUAGCCUGCGUGGCUGCAGCGACGGGGAGAUGCAGUCUGUUCGGGCGACACCACGUCCACACAUUCGAUGGGGUUUUAUAUGAGUUUCCUGGAGACUGCAGCUACUUUCUGGCCGGAGACUGCAAUCAUCGCUCCUUCAGUCUGCUGGGUGACUUUGUCAAUGGCAAAAGAGCUGGAGUCACUCUAUUUCUCGGGGACGCCUUUGAGUUGCACCUGUCUGUAGACGGAAUUCUCUCACAGGGAGAAAACAGGCUGUCUCUGCCCUACGCGUCGCACUCUGUGUUCGUGGGCUCAGAGCUGGGGUCCUACAAGCUCUGGAGUGAGGAGUUUGGCUUCACUGUCACCAUUGAUAACGCGGCCAACAUCGCCUUGACACUGACCAAACACCACGCCAACCGCACAUGUGGCCUCUGCGGCAACUUCAACGCUGUGUCAGCUGACGAAUAUACUGCUCAGGAAGGGUUCCUUACAGAGGACAGUUAUGACUUUGCAAAUUCGUGGGCUGUGAAGGGAGCUGAUCAAUCUUGUCGUCGCGUCUCCAAUCCCUCCCAGUCCUGCAACAGCACAAAGCAGGCUUCAUCGGUAUUGUCCGGCUGCAGUGUGUUGGAGACCUCCAGCGUCUUCCUCCAUUGCGCCCACCUUGUAUCUCCCGAUGCGUUCCUGUUGCUGUGCCAGAAGGAGGCUUGCCACUGUGACCAGAAGGGGGGCGGAGAAGACUGUUACUGUCCAGUCCUGUUGGAGUACGCUCGCACAUGUCACGCUCACGGGAUUCUUCUCCACGGCUGGCCGGAGGAAAGCCGGUGCUUCCCUAAGUGUCCAAUUGGGAUGAGGUACAGUGAAUGCACCAAGUCCUGCUCUACAACCUGCCACAGCCUCAACAUCCAGGAGGUCUGCAAGGACGAGUGCAUCGACGGCUGUACAUGCCCCGCUGGCAAAGUUUUGGACGGUAAUCGCUGUGUGGAGGUAUCUCAGUGUUCCUGCGCACACAUGGGUCGCCAUUUCCCACCAGGGUCCACCAUUUCUCAGGACUGCAACACCUGCGUGUGUCGUCACGGUUCCUGGGAAUGUACCAACGAAGGCUGCCCUGGUGAGUGCUUGGUUGUUGGCCAGUCUCACUUCAAAACCUUUGAUAACAAGUUCUUCACCUUCACCGGCCACUGUCAGUACCUGCUGGCGAAGGACUGCACAUCUAACGACUUCUCUGUCAUAAUUGAGAACGUACAGUGCGCGGAUGAUCAGGAGGCCGUGUGCACACGCUCAGUGACACUCAACCUGCCCUCGCUGGAGGACAUGACGGUGAAGCUGAAGCACGGAGGACUUGUUUCUGUCAACAGCAUGGACAUCCAGACUCCGAUGCAUCAUGGCCGUCUGCAUAUCCAGAGAUCUGUUCAGUCUUCUGUACAUGUGAGGUUUGGCGAUGACCUUCGUCUGGACUGGGAUGGGCGAGGCCGCGUGCUCCUAAAGCUCGGACCAAGGUGGGCAGGGCGGACCUGUGGUCUCUGUGGUAACUACAAUGGCAACCAAGGCGACGACUUCUUGUCUGGUUCUGGACUCGUAGAGGCGGGUCCUCAGGCGUUCGGCCAGGCCUGGGCGAUCAAUGGGGAGUGUGAAUCCACUCACAAGCAUGAGAGUGACCCAUGUGCAACUAACCCCAAAAGAGUGCGUUUUGCAGAAGAGGCGUGCGCCGUGAUGAUGUCAGCCGUGUUCAGCCCGUGCCACUUCCUGGUGAACCCGGGUCCGUUCCAGCGGUUCUGUCGUUUUGACGUGUGUGCGUGCGGGGACGGCGAGGUGUGCCUCUGCUCCGCUCUGUCUGCUUAUGCAGCCGCCUGCGCUGCCAGAGGAGUGCUGCUCAACUGGAGGUCUCCUUCACUCUGUGAGCUGAAGUGCCCCGGUGACCAGGUGUACGAGGCGUGUGGGACUGCAUGUGACCGGACAUGCCGCGGCCUAUCUGGGGCCGAGGGCGGCUGUGAUGGGGAGAGGGUGUGUGAGGAGGGCUGCUUCUGUCCCCCUGGGAAGUACAUGAGCGACUCCGGAGAAUGUGUGACCGCUGACAUGUGCACCUGCCUGCACGAUGGACAGCUCUACCAGCCUAACGACGUCUAUGCAGAUCACAACAGCAUUUGCUACUGCGAGAAGGGCGCCAUGCAUUGUAGCUCCAGUGAAAUGUCGUCAUUGCUGUCUGACCUCUUCUAUGACGACGACGUGGCGCCAUCCAGAGAGCGACGGUCGGCUCAGUGCCCUCCGCCACUUGUCCGUGGCGAGUGUGGUUCAGGAGAAAAGGGCCUGGAGUGUGCCAGAACCUGCCAGAAUCUGGAUCUCCCUUGUGUCAGUCUCACCUGCAUCCCCGGCUGCCUCUGUCCACCUGGCACUGUACGUCACCGCAGAGACUGCAUUAAACCGGAGCAGUGUCCCUGUUACCAUAACAACAGGCCAUAUGCAGUGGGCCAGACCAUCUCUGUGGACUGCAACACCUGCGUGUGCGAGAACAGGAAGUGGCACUGCACAGAGAAGGUGUGCGACGGCGUGUGUCGCACAGUUGGGGAGAGGCAUUACAUCACUUUUGAUGGCUUCAAGUACUCCUUCCCCGGCCUCUGUCAAUAUGUCCUGGUCCAGGAUAUGUGUAACGGGGAGGAGGGUUCCUUCAGAGUGCUGGUGGAAAAUGAGGCCUGUGGAAUUGUGGGACAUCGAUGUGCAAAAGCUGUCAACAUUUUCUACCAGGGUGGGUUAAUCAUACUGCAGGAGGGAGAGGUGAAAAUGAAGAAGCCGGUGCCGCAGGGCUCACAGGUGGAGAUUAUCCGAUCUGGUCAGUUUUACACUCUGCUGCUCGGGAAACACAUUUCCCUCAGCUGGGACAAGGGAACUCGACUCUUGGUCCACAUCUCACCUGCGUACAGGGGGCGAGUGUGCGGCCUGUGUGGGAACUUCGAUGGGAACGUCAACAAUGAUAUGAUUAGCAGUAACAACCAGCUGGAGGUGGACUCUUCACACUUCGGGAACUCCUGGAAGGUCGUUCCCAGCUGUGCUGAUGUAAAACAGAUACCUGGACCCUGCAGCGACAACAUUGUCAGGCUGGUAACGGUGGAGCAGUCGUGCCGUGUGAUCACUGGUCCCCUCUUCAAAGAAUGCAACGUCCAGGUGGAUGCAGAGCCGUAUGUAGAUAUGUGCGUGGAGGCGGCCUGCUCGUGCCCGUCAGUCGGCGACUGCGCAUGUUUCUGUGAUGUCAUCGCGGCCUACGCGCAGGCUUGCUCAGAGAGGGGCGUAUCUGUCAGCUGGAGAUCCAACGAUCUUUGCCCCAUGAGCUGCGAGGAGCUGAACCCUAAGAUUCCAGGUGUGGGGGAGGAGUUAUGCCAGUGGAGGUACAACACCUGCGGCCCUGCUUGUCCAAUAACAUGCCAGCACCCAGAUCCGCUCCACUGUUCGCUGUCAUGUGUGGAAGGCUGCCAUGCCUACUGCCCCCCAGGCCAAAUACUGGACGAGGUGGCCAUGCGGUGUGUAGAUCCCUCUCAGUGUCAUCUGUGUAUCCAUGAGGGUCAGAGAAUCUCCCAUGGCAACAAGGUCAUCCUGAACCACGAUGACCCUGACCACUGCAAGAUAUGUCAUUGCUACAACAACUCCCUGAGCUGUGAAGCUUGCACCUCCCUCACCGUGUUCACCACUCCCACACCAGAGCCUUCCUAUGCCUCCUUCACCACCCUGCCCUUCUCCACCUUGAUGCCGGAGGGCACGUGUGACCGUGCCAUGGAUUUGGCUUUCUUGCUCGAUGGUUCAGACACCCUGAGCGAAGAAGAAUUUCUAGCAACCAAAGAGUUCAUACUGGGAGUGGUUGAACGUUUCCGAAUGGGCUCGGCUCACACUCGGGCCACAGUGCUGCUUUACCACUCUGGUGUCAAAACAUAUGAUCUGCAGGUUCAGAAGUGGCUGUUUAAGAAGACUGUCCGGGAACUUCACUACACAGGAGGAGAUGCGGCUUUCUUGGAUGAGGCUGUAAAAUAUCUGGCUAUCAACAUCUAUGACAAGAAUAAGCGCGAGAACGCCGGCCGCAUUGCCAUCAUCUUGACCGCCAGUGCCAACCCUCGGGCGGUCCGCUCCAUUGUCAAGAUGCUUCGUAAGAAAGCCAUCACCACGCUGACAGUGGCACUGGGUCCUGAGGUUGACAUGGGCCAAAUCAAUGACAUCACCAAGGCCAACCCAGACAACAGGGCCUAUGUGCUGAGCAGCACAGCCGAGCUGUCUGAUCGUCUGUUGGAGCUAACAGAUUACCUCUGCACCUUGGGAAUGGAGCCUGAGGUGGCGAAACCUUCGACACCAAAGUCCACACCGAGUAAAACCACCAUGACCACCACUACCCCAUCCCCUCGUCUCCAGCCAAGCCCCACGCAACAUCUCCCCAAAACUCCCGCAACAACCGCUGCCUCUGGCCUGUCUCCCACCACCACAUCGCCGCCCUCCGUGUCCCCAGCCAAAGAUGUGACGUUCAUCCUGGAAGGCUCUGACUCCGUCGGCGAGGUAAACUUUAACAAGACGCUUGUCUUCCUGGAGGAAGUUAUCUCAGAGCUGACAGAGGAGGAGGAGCACAUUCGCAUCACCGUGAUUCAGUACUCAGUGACGGUCACCGUGGAGAUCAGUAAGUGGGAACUGAGACGGCAGAGAACGCAACUGCUGCAGCGGCUGAGAGAGAUUCGCUGGAGAGGUGGAAGUCAGACGAACACACACACCGCCGUCACUACGACUGUUCAAGAACUGGCAACGGUCCGGCCUUCGCAGGGUCCCACCCCUCCUCAGCUGGUCUUCCUCGUGACAGAGAACCCUCCUACUGACACAGUGACGCGUCCACCAACUACAAGCACGCAAACGCACGUGUACCCCAUAGGCGUUGGACCAAAGGUACAUGACGUUGACUUGCUGCCAUUCAGCGCCCCUCAACGCCCGCUGAUGGUGGAUGACUACAACCAUUUGAAGACCCUGGUGCACCAAGUAGUCAAUAUCACACGUACCACAGUCAGGCCCCGCUUACCUACACUACCACCCCUAGUCCUCCCAACGCACUCCAGCCUGCCGUCCUCAGUGCCAUGUGAUAAGCCGAUGGAUGUGCUGUUCUUGCUGAAGGCUGGAGAGCAGUUUACGGACAUGAAGGCGUUUGUCAAAGCUUUCAUUAGCAAGUCUGACAUAGGGCCGAAUGCGACUCAAGUGAGCGUGGUUCAGUAUGGAGAAACCAACACAGCAGAAUUCACAUGGAAAGAUGGACAGACCAAAUCAGCACUCAUGGAGAAGCUGGAGAACAUCCAAAGCAGGGCCCCUGCAGCCCCAGCACUAGGGUCUGCGCUGAGAUUUGCUGUGCAGACGUCCAUCUCGCCAGUCAGCGGCGGGAGGUUUGGUGUGGCCAAGGCUGUGGUGAUGCUCGUGACCGACAAGUCUACAGAUGAUAUCAAAGAAGGAUCGACUGAGGCACUGGCAGCGGGUGUGUCAGUGUUUCCCAUCGGGGUGGGACCAGGCUAUGACACGGCCGAGCUUGGCGUUCUCGGUCGUCACGGCAAACAGGACAAUAGUCUGCACCUGAACAGCAUGGAUCAGUUACGGAUGUUGCUGACUCUGGACCAUAGUUACACUGAGAGAAUUUGCAGAGCUGGUCCACCUGGUGUGUGUGUUGAUGAUAGCGGUAACGAGAGAAAGCCGGGUGAGUCAUGGCUGCUGGAGGACGGCUGCCACUCUCUGCUGUGCCACCCUAGUGGGGCAGUGACGGUACAGAAUCACAAAGUCAGCUGUGACAGACUGGAGCCGCCAGCCUGCAGGAACAACAUGUCACCUGUCAAAGUCCAGGAGACCUGUGGCUGCCACUGGGAGUGCCCUUGCAUGUGCUUGGGCAGCUCCACCAAUCACGUGGUGAGGUUUGACGGCUUGGCACUCAGGCUGGACGGGGAGGGAUUGUGCUCCUACACACUUCUCACUGUCAGCAAAGGCAUCAGUGAAGGGUCAGUGGUCAAACUCCACAGCGGGCCGUGUCAGGGUUCAGCGAAUUACAACCAGGUCUGCAUGAAAGCCAUGGAAGUGAUCCAUGGGUCGCAUAGGCUGCUGCUGAAGGAUGACAUGACGGCAUUGAUUGAUCGGGAAGAGCUCGCGCUGCCUUGGCGGUACGCUGGCCUGGAGCUGGUGCGGUAUGGAGGAGUGAUGCUGCAGCUGAAAUCAAAUCACGGCUACGUGCUGACUUUCACUCCACAAAGCAAUGAGUUUACCAUCACAUUACUGAGCUCCACCACCACCGGUCUUACUGCUGGACUUUGCGGUGCCUGUGGCGAGGACAAGGUUAAUGUCCUCUCUUUGCGUGACGGCAGCUCGACCACCGACCAGCCGGCCUUCAUCUCAGACUGGACUGUGGCUGCAGACGGUGGCGUGUGCCUACCUAAACGGAAGGCGGUGUGUGUGUCUGGAGCAGCGAUGGGAUGUCAGGCCCUACGCUCUGAAGUGUUUGAACCAUGCCACGCAUACAUUCCCGUCCAGGUUUUCCUCAACAAGUGUGAGGAGCAGACAUGUGAGGAGUCAGAUGUGUGCGAGCUAAUUUCAGCCUACGCACGCCUCUGCAGACAAAGAGGUGUGUGCGUGGACUGGAGGAGCCCCCACCUUUGCCCAUUACAGUGCCCGAGUUCAAUGGAGUAUGAUGCAUGUCGGACAGGGUGUGUAGAUGACUGUGGGAGCAUACAGGCGUUGCCAGGCGACUGGUCGGUUGCUAGGGGUAACGAGUCAUCCUGUAUGGACACACCUACUGAAGGCUGUUUCUGUACUGGAGGGACGAUUUUGCAUCACGGACAGUGUGUAUCGCCAGAAGCAUGUGGGCAGUGUGUCGACAAUCAUGGACACAAAUAUGCGUACAUGCAGAGUUGGGUACCAGAUGAGAACCCAUGUGCCAUUUGCAUGUGUUUGGAUCAACAACGCAUCAACUGCACUGCUCGGCCCUGCAAUGAUGUCAAAGCUCCAGUGUGCGGACCCUGUGAGAUCCUGAGGGAGAAAAGAGAAUCCAAGUGCUGUCCUGAGUAUGAAUGUGUGUGUGAUCUGGUGAAGUGUGACCUGCCUGAGGUGCCCCGCUGUGACGACGGCCAAACCGCAGUCCUGAAAAACCCCGGGGAAUGUCAGCCCGUGCACGAGUGUGUAUGCAAGAAGGACGAGUGCCCUCUUGAAGCUCCCCCCGUGUGCCCACCUCAUCGCCGGCUGUCAGUCAAAAACACAAAGUGUUGUGAUGUGUUUGAAUGUGCAUGCACCUGCCAGAACUCCACCCACACCUGCCCCACUGGGUUCAUAACAUCCUCCUCUACCAACGACUGUGGCUGCACAGAAAUCAGCUGCCUGCCAGACAAGGUGUGUGUGGUUGGUGGCAUGGUUCACCCAGUGGGGAGUGAGUGGGAGGAAGGGUGCAACAAGUGCAGCUGCACACAGCUACUGGACAAAGACACAUCGCUGCACAUUGCUCAGUGUAAACUGAUCCUUUGUGAUAAGACCUGCCCUCUGGGUUCAACAUACACUCUGUUGAAAGGAGAGUGCUGCGGGAAGUGUGUACCAACCAGCUGUGUGGAGAAAGAGGGAGAGAUGCGAGGCGACACGCUCAUUGGAGCAAGCCUCAGACUCGUUGGGGAGGUGUGGCACUCUCCAUAUGAUAAAUGUGUCUUACAUCAGUGUGUGAAAGUAGGAGACGGGGUGUACGUUUCUUCAACCAAUGUCAGUUGCUCUGCUAUGGACACACCAUCCUGCCCGUUGGGAACAGAGUUACAAUGCAGCACCCAGGAUUGCUGCCCGAGCUGCCGUUGUGCCCCUAUGGAUGUGUGUGUUCUCAAUCACACUGUGAUAGCAGCAGGGGAGAGGAUGAUGGUGGACGUGUGCACACACUGUGAGUGUAUGGUGGAGGACGGCCCUGUGAGGAGAUACAAACUGUCCUGCCAGAAAACCAGCUGUCCCGCUUGCCCUAUGGGAUACACUCUGGAGAAGGAAGAAGGUAGCUGCUGUGGUCGCUGUGUUCCCAGUGCCUGCUUCAUGCAAAAACCCGAUGGACGAGUCAUUAGUCUGCAAGUCAACACAACCAGCGAGGAUGGUUGCAACUUUUACACCUGUGCUGUAAACAGUAAAGGAGAUCUUGUCCUGCAGACCAAAGUCACAACCUGCCCUCCUUUUAAUCGCCAAACGUGCCUGGAGCAGGGAGGGAAAGUCAGCCGUAUAGGAUCAACCUGCUGUGAGAUGUGUACGGAGCCAGAGUGUCGGAGGACUGUGGGAACGCUCGACUACAUCAAAGUGGAUGAUUGCCAGUCAGAGCAACAGAUAGAACUGCACUACUGUGAGGGUAAAUGUCGCAGUAAGUCCAUGUACUCCCUGCAGAGGGCUGCAGUGGAACAGGAGUGCGUGUGCUGUGCUGCCGUGGAGACGGAGCCUCUCAGUGUUCCUGUCCUGUGUGCGAACGGCACUCAUAGCCACCACACUGUCCUGUCUGUCACUGUAUGCGACUGUCUGUCCAAACACUGCACCUAGAAAGAAGGAGCGAGAGAGAGAGAAAGAGAAAAAGAGAGUUAAUUUUGAUACACGUUGAGGCUUUUUUUUUUGUAUCCAAGCAAAAUGUACCCACUCAAAAAAUAACUACACAAAUAACAAUAAAACAAACUCACCGGUUUCUGUAAGCAUCA